CGCGUGAGUGUGCCAGUCGCACGCCAGCAUUCUGGGGGAAAAGUAGUGCCAACUCGUGUGAAACUACAAACUAGUUUGAACCGGAUUUUUGUGAAAGAGUUUUGUGUGAGAAAGUGUGAUAAAAGAUGCUUCGAUGGUAGAGCAACUCAAACCGCAGACUGAGUUGAGUAAAGACCCCCGUUUGAGGCUAGAUGACGACCGAUACGGUGAUUCCCCUGGACGAGGUCAGCGAGGCCUCGACCUUGACCGGGAAACCCCCGAAACCGAAGAUACCCGACGGCGGAUGGGGCUGGAUGGUCGUGCUCUCGUCCCUCGUCAUAUCCCUGAUCCAGGACGGGAUAAGCUUCUCCUUCGGGAUCCUCUACACGGAGUUUGUGGAGGAGUUUGAGGCCUCCAAGAGUACCACUUCCUGGAUCGGGAGCCUUUUCCUCUCAGUGCCUUUGAUGACCGGCCCGAUCAUGAGUGCCUUGGUUGACAAGUAUGGCUGUCGGGCGAUGACGAUCGUAGGCGGCUUGGUCUCGGCCACUGGAUUCCUUUUGAGUUAUUUCGCGACAAAUGUCAUUGCGAUGUAUUUGACAUUUGGUGUCAUUUCGGGAAUGGGGUUAGGUUUGACGUAUAUUACAGCAGUGGUGUCAAUCGCAUUCUGGUUUGAUAAAAAACGGAACCUUGCGGUGGGACUAGGGGCAUGUGGUACCGGGAUUGGUACUUUUGUCUACGCUCCGUUUACCACCCUGUUGAUUUUCGAAUAUGGCUGGCGUUGGACUGUCAUUCUACUCGCCGGGACUUUACUCAACAUGUGCGUAUGUGGCGCCCUCAUGCGUGAUCCCGAUUGGAUAAUCGAGCAAAACAAACAACUAUCGAGCAAAUCAAGCUCACUAUCGAAUAUUUCGCAAGAAUCGAAAACAAUCGAGCUUGAAGAAAUUCGCGAAUUGUUGAAAAAUGGCAAAGAUGCGGAAUAUAUCCUCCAGACAUUGGCGACUUCGAUCCAUCGCGAGGAUAAAGGACAAAAAAUUGAACAUCACCAGUCGGUACUCAACCUACCGACUUUCAUACGUCAAAACGAAAAAGUACCAGCCGAAGUCCUAGAACAGUUGCAAGAAAACAAAAAACUCUACCGUGUCAUCGUGGAGAAUUACCCGAGUUUGCUCCAUUGUCGCAGUACUUCGGAAAAAGGCUUGAAUAAAAUGGAGGGGGCUAUAACCCGCAUCUCACUCAAAGUGAAAAAAAGCGACCGGAAGGCUGUAACGCAUCAGUUUUCCCUCCCCGAGAGUCCUGCGAUUGUUGAGAAGAAAGCGAAAAAGACGGACACGCCAUGGCUGGUAAAACAAUUCAGUACUACCACCACACACCCAAAUUAUUUUAAAAAUAUGAGGUUCCCUAGGCACUCGCUUAUACACCGCGGCGCCAUUUUGAAUAAAAAUAAGUACAAGUUGAGAGCGUCAAGUUGUCCGAAUAUAUAUCGAGUGUCCAUGACAACGUUGGUGAAAGACGACGAUGAGCCAUGGUAUUCGGGUCUUGUCAAAUUCGUUAAUCUUUUCGACGAGUUUCACUUUCUUUUAAUGUCUGUCUCUACUGUCAUUCUUUUUGCUUGGUUUAUGACACCUUAUUUCUACUUAGUCGACCAUAUGAAAGACUCGGGAUACACCAAAGACGAAGCCUCCUACGUUUUAUCGACGAUAGGCGUGGCUAAUACCAUCGGAAUGGUGGUGCUCGGCUGGGCCGGCGACCAAUCAUGGACCAACGUCACGAAAACGUACGGUAUUUGUCUUAUACUAUGCGGGGCAUGUUGCUCCGCCCUCUAUUUCUACACUGAGAAUUAUAUUAUGGUGCAUAUUUUGGGCGCCCUCUAUGGCAUUUUUCUCGCUAGUAGUUUUUCGUUUACGCCAGUUCUGUUGGUAGAACUGUUACCGUUAGAGACGUUCACUAAAGCCUACGGAUUGCAAUUGAUGUGUCAAGGGAUUGGUCACUUGGGGGGUCCACCGUUUGCCGCACUGCUUGCCGAUAUUACCCGAAGUUGGAGCUAUGCGUUUUAUUUGAGUGGAGUUAUGAUCGUCAUUUCGGGGAUUUUGAUUCUGGUCAUUCCCUAUACGGAAAAUCGGAAAAUUUUUGGGCGUGGCCUAGUCGAGAAGGAGUUAGCCAAUGAGAGAGCGUGAUCAUGAUAUUUAAGCCUACUUAAACUGAGUACUUAAUUUAAUAGUAUUGUCGUUAAUAAAGUCAAAGUUGACAGUUUUGUGA